AUUGGCUUAUGCGUCUCCAACUCGCUGCCAACGUGGCAAUCCCUGCUGACCUGGACGCGCAGUUUGCAGGCGUGGUGGAGGCGUGGGCCCAGGGUGUGACGUGGCGCCAGCUCAUCACUGACUGUGCGGGGCUGGAUGAGGGUGACAUCGCACGGCUGCUGAGGCGCACCAUUGAUCUGCUCUCCCAGAUUCCGUACCUACCUGGCAUAGAUCCCACGUUGGCCAAGGCAUCAAAGCAGUCAGCUUACGUCAUGGAGCGUCCGCCAAUCUCGGAGCUUAUUGGCUGAUAAAUUUAUGAAGCGUCUAUCAUCACCGUUAAAAAAAA